GCCAGUAAACCCAACAAGAAGAAGACCUGCUGCUGCUAUGCAGGGCGGCGCGCUGGUGUGUGUGUUAGCAUUAUGGCAGCAAACCAGCAAAAAGAAAAUAACUUUGCACAGUUUUUCUCCCCUAACUGACCGAGUGAGUUGAGUAAUGCUGUUGGAUCCAGCUUGCGAGCUGAUGAACCGUGGUAUCCUGGCUCUGGUCAGCUCUAUUGGCUGCAUGUCAGCAGGUAGCCUUCAAACACUGGCCGAUGCCAUGCAUAUACCCCAUCUCUAUAUCCAGCGCUCUCCAGUGGGAACGCCGCGCUCGACAUGUCCGCCCACCAGUCGUAUUCCUGGAGCUGACGACUACACCCUUAUGGUUCGCCCACCUGUGUUCCUCAACGAAGUUAUCAUGCAGGUGGUGUCUGAAUACAGCUGGCAGAAGUUCGUCCUCUUCUACGAUUCCGAUUUUGACAUCCGUGGUAUUGAGGAUUUUCUGGACCGUACCUCUCAGCAAGGAAUGGACGUGUCCCUUCAAAAGGUGGAAUCUAAUGUCAACAUGAUGAUCACAGGUCUUUUCAGAACGAUGCGUGUAGAGGAGCUGCAUCGAUACAGAGAUACGCUACGGAGAGCAGUGCUAUUCAUGAGCCCAGCUACUGCCAAGGCCUUCAUCACUGAGGUAAGGAAGGACGGUUCUUUUGCCUGUUCUGCAUUUAUGUUUCACUAAAUGAGUGGACCAUCA